CUUCUGCACAUAAUAUUUUCAAAAAUAAAUAAAUUCUCUAACUGGUUUGUAUAAAAAAAAAAAUUAGGCGGGAAAAUGCCUAAAUCAUUUUUUUCUUUAACGCGUCCCUACGAACACAGCGCCAUUUUCCUAAACUACGCUCGAUGCUGAUUGGUUUUUGAUAUGUUCAUUAGCCAUCACUUAUUGGCUAGAGUUAUUUUUCUCUCUGAGUUGUCAACUUAAGUAUAAUGUUUACCAUGAAAUAUUGUUUUCAGUUUGUUUGAACGAAGGCAAAGUAUUAAAGACGAUAAAUUUUGAUAUUUAUUAAUAACAUUCUAUUAACAUGGCUUCUGUUUUCAAUGUAUUUGAAAACCAUAUGAUGUCAACAACAGAACACUUCAAAGACAAAAAAUUAAUAAAUCAUACAAGUGCUAUUAUGGCUAAAUCUUUUGAUCAAUGCAAACCAAAAGGUUUAUCAAUAAGAUCUAAAUCUGAUCUGAAUAUUGCAGCAAGUAGUUCUCCAAAAACUUUUAAGAAAGACGAAAGUAAUAAUUCAUUUCUCCCGAAAAAUGAAUUGACUAACAAGCAGUUACUUUCUGUACCCACUGAAAUUGCUAAAACAGAAUCAUUUGAAUUUAAUAAAGAUAAGAAUUUUGAACAAAACAUCUUAAAAUUCAAAGAACCAUAUGCAGUAGAAAAAGAUAUAGAAAAUAGUAUAUUUUCAGAACCAGAAGAUUUAGCACCAUAUUAUGAUCCAGAACUGGAAUUGAAUGAUUACAAUAUUAAUUUAGAAAAUGAAUUUAGCAAAUGUAUGUUGCAUGCACAAGAUGACACAGAUGAAGGAUUUGGAUCAGACAUGGAGGAACUUUCCUAUCCUGAAAUGACGAUACAUGAACAAUCAAUGCAAUUUUCUGAUUAUGAUUGUGGAUCUCCUAAUUUAUCAGAAAUAUCCGACAAUGAAACUUUCUAAUUACACUGACUGAAACGUUUAAUUUUACAAAGUCUUGAUAACAUAACAUUUCUAUUGGUGAUUUAUUUAUAAUACGUAUUACAAAUAAAUUGAAUUUUGUGUUUAGAAUAUUAAA